AUGGCAGACGACCUCGCCGCUCUGACGGCGGCGCGCGUCGCCACCACCGGCGCUCGCCUCGAGUAUACUCCCGACCUGCCAGCCGAGCGCUCUGGCGGCGAUCUCGACGCCUCCGGGACGCUUGCACGCGUGCUCCCCGCGGCGAGGAGCGGGAAAGAGGUUAUGCUGCUGUGCGUGGGCGGCGAGGGCUCGAUGCGGAUGGGUGCAAAUCUCGUCCUCAACCUCGCCUCGCUGGGGCUACGCCACAUGCUACUCUUUGCGCCCAAGCAGGAGGUGUGCGACGGGGUCUGGGAGGUGCUGCCGCGCGUGGCGUGCGUCUGGCAACCAUCCGCCUUCGCCUCGAAGCGGCCCGCCUCGCUAUACAACGACGCGAUGCGCCUCUUUGGGAUGCGCGAGUUCAACCCCGUCGCGCUUGACUUCUUCCGCGCGCGCAAGCGGCUGCUCGUGCAGCUCGUGCUCUCGCACGGGCUCAACGUGCUGCAUCUGGACGCCGACGUCGCGGUGCUCGCCAACCCGUACCCGCUCUUCAAGGGGCCGCUCCUUGAGCACCAGCUCAUCUUCCAGACCGACAACCCCUUCGCCAACGCUGGCGUCUUUUACGUGCAGGGCGUGGCGCGCGGCAGCGGGGGCGCCUGGCUGCUCGAGGAGCUCAACGCGAGGAUCGAGCGGUUCACCUUUCGGCCGGAGUCGGUGCGCGAGCUGCCGCACUCCGGAUGGUCGGCGCCGCCCCACUUUGCAAACGCCGACGAGCAGGCCAACCUCAACGACGUGAUUGCGUCCGCACUGAUCGGAGAGCGGACCUUUGCCGCCGGCGUCGAGUUUUUCGAGGCGCGCGCCUCCCGCACCCGCAGCUGUUUCAAGGCCCAGUUCGCGGGUGCGCUCCUCUAG